AUGGGUCCCAUGUCUACAGUGGUUAAACUCCGUCACGGAGAACCUGCUCGUGUUGUUCAGACCACUAUCAAAAAAGCCAACCAGGCCGCUCGUGAGUAUCUCCGGGAGGAGCUGGGCCCCAAACACCUUGCGCGGAAAUGGGAUGGGGUAUACAGGACUGGUGGCAAUAUCCUGAUUGUGCAAAAGGCAUUGCGGUUGAAUCCGCAUCCCAAGGAGAGUAACUGCCUCAAACACUUCAUCAUAAACCCAAUCCAGCCCUGCCGCUACCAGUUCCCCAUAGCCGACUUUGACGCAGCCAUCGCUCUGGCCGCUACAUUCACCGGCAUCCUCCUGGGCACAUUACAAGACGUAGUCGUGCGACUUGCAGGUAACAAUGAUGUCGACCUUACCCGAGUUAUGGCCGCGACAAUCGGUAACGAAGGGGAGUGA